AGACACGCCUGAAGUUGAAAGCCUCGCUGAAGCAACGGUACAAGCGGUUACAAGACGAAAGAGCUGACAAGGCGAGUGAAUAACUUUGCUACAAAUCUUCAACGACUGAAACAGAACGGCUACUUCCUCCACGUUUCCUCGAUGUCUUUUUUCCCCAGUGCCUCGAAAUUUCUUUUUGCGGAGACAACCGGCCUUCUCCCGGAAAAACGCGCGGAACAGUUCGUAGUCAGCGAGCUGAGAAGUCGAUCAUCCCCUUCGACUGACGUUCGUCACAAUGAAACUCGGACGCUUAGUGCUGUUAGUUCUCAGUUUUCUGGCGCUCUCUCUCUUCUCCAGUGAGGACGGCUCUGUCCAGGUGGCUGAAGCAGUGAGAAUUUUUGGCCGAAAGAAAAAGAAGGACGGACAGAAAGGAGAGAAGGACAACAAGGAAGAAAAGAAGGAGAAGAAGAAGCAGAAAAAGAAGAAGCGUGACUACUUCGAAGAAACUGGUGACGGGCGUACACCUGUUGACAGGGUUUUUGAGGAGUGAGUAUUUGUCUCGCGGAUCUGUGUGCGUUCCAGCGGAAUGCUACCGUGUAGAUGUGAGUUCAGGGAGAG